GGUGCUGCCCGCCCUGCUCCUCACGGUGCAGCAUGGCGGCGGCGGCGGCGGGCUCCUCGCAGCCCCAGGCCGGGGCCACCGCCGCUGCCCCUCCGGUGGCGACUGAGGAGUCGUCGGACAGCGAGCCGGAGCAAGAGCCCGGCUCCCCGCAAAAACUCAUCCGCAAGGUCUCCACGUCCGGCCAGAUCCGCCAGAAGACUAUUAUAAAAGAGGGCAUGCUGAUGAAACAGACCAGCUCAUUUCAGCGCUGGAAGAGACGUUACUUCAAAUUGCGAGGACGAACUCUAUACUACGCCAAAACAGCAAAGUCAAUCAUUUUUGAUGAGGUGGAUCUGACAGAUGCCAGCGUGGCAGAAUCCAGCACUAAAAAUGUCAACAACAGCUUCACGGUCAUUACUCCAUGUCGGAAACUCAUCUUGUGUGCAGAUAAUAGAAAAGAAAUGGAGGACUGGAUUGCAGCACUGAAGACUGUACAGAAUCGUGAACAUUUUGAGUCUACACAGUACAGUAUGGACCAUUUCUCAGGGAUGCAUAACUGGUACGCCUGUUCGCAUGCUCGGCCAACAUACUGCAAUGUGUGUCGGGAGGCACUAUCUGGAGUCACGUCCCAUGGACUCUCCUGCGAAGUCUGCAAAUUUAAAGCCCACAAGAGGUGUGCUGUCCGGGCAACUAAUAACUGCAAAUGGACAACACUAGCAUCUAUUGGGAAGGAUAUAAUUGAGGAUGAAGACGGGAUUUCAAUGCCACACCAGUGGCUUGAAGGAAACCUGCCUGUGAGUGCCAAAUGCACAGUGUGUGAUAAAACAUGUGGCAGUGUACUGCGCUUGCAAGACUGGCGCUGUCUCUGGUGCAAAGCAAUGGUACAUACCUCAUGCAGAGACUUGUUACCAACCAAAUGCCCGCUUGGCCUUUGCAAAGUUUCUGUCAUCCCUCCUACAGCUCUCAACAGCAUUGAUUCGGAUGGGUUCUGGAAAGCCACUUGUCCCCCUUCUUGCACAAGCCCUUUGCUGGUCUUUGUUAACUCAAAAAGUGGAGACAACCAGGGAGUAAAGUUCCUACGAAGAUUCAAACAACUGCUGAAUCCUGCACAGGUCUUUGAUCUUAUGAAUGGAGGACCUCACCUCGGUUUACGUUUAUUCCAGAAAUUCGACACCUUCCGAAUUCUGGUAUGUGGUGGGGAUGGAAGCGUUGGAUGGGUUCUCUCUGAAAUUGACAGCCUUAGUCUCCAUAAACAGUGCCAGUUGGGAGUGUUGCCCUUGGGCACAGGCAAUGAUCUUGCCCGUGUGCUAGGCUGGGGAUCUGCUUGUGAUGAUGACACUCAACUUCCUCAGAUACUGGAAAAGCUGGAAAGGGCCAGUACCAAAAUGCUUGACAGGUGGAGCAUUAUGGUGUAUGAAACAAAACUUCCUCGACAAGCAUCUGCUUCUACAGUCACUGAAGAUUUCAGUGAAGAUUCUGAGGUAGUACAGCAGAUUCUCUUCUAUGAAGAUUCUGUGGCUGCUCAUUUAUCCAAAAUCUUGACAUCCGACCAACACUCAGUGGUCAUUUCAUCAGCCAAGGUGCUCUGUGAGACUGUGAAGGAUUUUGUGGCUCGAGUAGGGAAGGCCUACGAGAAAGCACCAGAAAGCUCUGAGGAGUCAGAAGUCAUGGCCAGAAAGUGCUCUGUUUUGAAAGAGAAGCUCGACUCCCUUCUGAAAACACUGAAUGAAGAAUCUCAAGCUUUGUCAUCUUUGCCAAACCCGCCUCCUACCAUAGCAGAAGAGACAGAAGAUGGUGACGGUUCAGGCAGUGCUUGUGAUUCUUCUAGUGAGCGUUCAGUAGGCUCCUCUUGCACUGCCCGUCCUCAGAUAUUUCGUCCACGUGAGCAAUUGAUGUUGAGAGCCAACAGUCUGAAAAAAGCUAUUCGUCAGAUUAUAGAGCAUGCAGAAAAAGCUGUAGAUGAACAGAAUGCUCAAACCCAAGAGCAGGAGAGCUUCCUCUUGGGUCUCUCUACCACUGAAGAGGGAAAGGACUUAAGGAAUGAAAAUAAAAUCUCCUUACAGUCUUCGCACACUGGCAACUAUGGAUUUCCAAAAGGGAGGAGCCAUCGGAAAGUUAUCAAGUCUCCUUGUGAAAGAUUAAUAAGUAAAGGAACUUUAUCAGUGGGAAGCUCUGCCUCUCUUCCUCCCCAGGCAGGAAAUCGGGAUAAUCUGCCAAUGCUGAAUGCAAAGAUCAUCUACCCCAAUAUCCGUGCUGGGGCAUCUGGUUCUCUACCUGGAGGUUCUGUCAUCAGCCGGUUGUUGAUCAAUGCAGACCCGUUUAACUCUGAGCCAGAAAAUCUUGAUUGUUACGUAGAGAAAUGUGUGAUGAAUAACUAUUUUGGAAUCGGACUGGAUGCAAAGAUCUCUUUGGACUUCAACAACAAGCGUGAUGAGCAUCCAGAAAAGUGCAGAAGUCGUACGAAGAACAUGAUGUGGUACGGAGUUCUUGGAACAAAGGAGCUGCUACACAGAACUUACAAAAACUUAGAACAAAAAGUUUUGCUAGAGUGUGAUGGACGUCCAAUUCCCUUGCCCAGUCUUCAGGGAAUUGCCGUACUCAACAUUCCCAGCUAUGCAGGAGGCACCAACUUCUGGGGGGGCACAAAGGAAGAUGAUACAUUUACAGCUCCUUCUUUCGAUGACAAGAUCCUGGAAGUGGUAGCAGUGUUUGGUAGUAUGCAAAUGGCUGUCUCACGUGUGAUUAACCUACAGCAUCACCGAAUUGCCCAGUGCCGGACAGUGAAGAUAGCAAUCUUGGGAGACGAAGGAGUUCCUGUGCAAGUUGAUGGAGAGGCCUGGAUCCAACCUCCAGGAUAUAUUUGGAUUGUUCAUAAAAACAGGGCACAGACACUAACCAGAGAUAGGGCAUUUGAGAGCACCCUAAAGUCCUGGGAAGACAAACAAAAAUGUGAGCUGCCCCGCCCUGCUUCUUUCUCCCUGCAUCCAGAGAUUAUAUCUGAAGAAGAGUCCACCCAGAUCAAUCAGUUUUGCCAAGCAGCGGGCACUCUGAUUCACAGCAUUCGGGAAAUAGCUCAGUCAUACCAGGACAUGGAACAAGAACUUGCUCAUGCAGUCAAUGCUAGCUCCAAGUCUAUGGACAAAGUAUAUGCCAAGUCCAAGUCUACAGAGGGCCUGAGCUGCAACCUUGUUGUAGAGAUGGCGAAUAAUAUUAAAGCCCUGCAUAAUGAAACAGAACUGCUCCUGGCUGGCAAAAUGGCCCUGCAGUUGGAUCCCCCACAGAAGGAGCAGCUCCUAGCAGCGCUGGCAGAAAUGGACUUUCAUAUGAGGAAGCUAGCAGACAUUCCUUGGCUGUGGCAGCUAAUGGAACCCAGUGAUGAAGAGAACCAAAUGCUGGAUUAUUCUAAACGCAGCCGGAGCGGCAAAUUUCGUCUGGUGACAAAGUUUAAAAAGGAGAAGAACAACAAGAAUAAAGAAACUCGUAGCAGCUUGGGAUUGCCGGUUCACCUCUGGGGAACGGAGGAGGUUGCGGCCUGGCUUGAGCACCUCAGUCUUUGUGAGUAUAAGGAUAUCUUCAUCCGGCAUGACGUCCGGGGCUCUGAGCUCCUGCAUCUUGAACGGAGAGACCUCAAGGACCUAGGAGUGACCAAAGUGGGCCAUAUGAAGAGGAUAUUACAUGGGAUCAAGGAACUGAGCAGGAAUAUUCCUGCCAGCGAGGCUUAACUUCUGUUUUCAGAGCCUGUAUCUACCAUUCCCCCUGAUGUCUGCACAACUGACACCUCACAGAGCAGACUUGAUCAGAAUCGUCUCAAGGGAUCAGCCAAACACUAGCAGUGUUCAGAGCUCAAAUCCAACUUCUCUUGGUGCUACCAUUCUGAUGUGGGGUACACCACAAUCCACUCAAGUGGUACCUUGUAUUCAAAGCCAGUGUUACUUUGUCCUUAACAACCACUUCCUCAACACCUUUACUCAGGCCUGGGCACACUCACUGCAUGCUAGACUUCAUUCAGCCAACCCCAAUAUACUAGCCCGUGGACCAAAAACUUUUUGUGGACCGUCACAGAAGCAAAUGUUACCCUAUGAUCUAAGGAUUGUGCCAGAUAUUAAGAGCUAUGAAAGCACUCGUGCAUGCAAGAUGAUAAAAAUCAGCUGUUGAGAAGAUUGUAAGCUAACUGUUUGGGACAACCUCAAAUUAGGAAGAUUCUUUUUCAGUCUGUGCUCGUUCAGUGGUGCCAGAUACAGUGGUGUGAUAUAUCAGUGCAGAGUUUUUUUCCUUUCCAAGGAUAUAAGUUAUCCUUAAACGAAAGUUUUCUCAGUUUCCUGUGUUCCUGCUCUGUAAUGCUUGUGGAUGCCAAAGGAGUGGGAUUGCAUGUUGUUCUGGCUUAAAACAUCAAGUGCCUAGAAAUACUGAACAAUCUCAGAAGUACAUCCAACAUGGGAGAAUAUACUAAUUCCUUAUGACAUUGCUUUGCCUCUGAUUCUACUAAGUUUUUAAAACAUAUAAUAGGAUUCUCACUUCUGGAAACAAUGAAGGAAGUUUCUGUGCAUAGAUUUAGGCAGGGUAAAAUAAUGUGUUUUUUUCAUCACUGUUUCCCAGACUUUGCAAAGCCAGUGUAUCGUUGCUUAAGAUAUACAGUACAUAGCAUUUUCUCUGUUUUAGGAGAACCACUGCCAAAUUCUGAUGUAGAUCCACUGAAUUUUACAGAUUUCCCCCU